AUUUUGCAUUCUUAUUCAAGAUUCCGACAAUAUAAAAUUAUUAUUAUUAUUAUUUUAAAAUUUCCUGAUAAGCACGGCGAUAGUUUUCAAGCACUGUCUGUUUAUUUCCGUUACGAUUCAAACGCUCUAAAACCCGAUUGCUGAACACAAAAAUCAAAUUUCUUUUAGUUCUCCAACCAUUAAAUUUAAUUUCCACCAUGGGCGACCGUAACAAGCGACCUGUUAUCUUGCUGAAGGUUCCAACCUCCGAUGAUUCCUAUGGAUCGGCAAUGCGCAACCACAAUCUGGAUCCUAUAUUCAUUACCCCCUCCCACUUUGUCUUCAAGAAUCUGAAACAGUUGCAGGCCAAGCUCCAGGAGCCCCACAAGUAUGCAGGGAUAAUCUUUGCUGCUCCUCGAUGUGUUCAGGCGGUGAACGAGGCUCUGGAUAAGGCACCACUACCAAGUUGUUGGCGUCCGUUGCACAACUACUCCCUGGGAAAGAACACCCACAGUUCGGUUUGGUUUACUUUGCAGAACCUGCCGACUCUGGGCGAUCAUGCAAUAAACGCAAAUAACCUGUGUGAUUUGAUCGUGGAGACCUUCGGGCCCAAAAGGGAUCUGCCGCUGCUAAUGCCCUGUGGCAACGGCGUUGGUCAGACGCUGCGACUCCGCCUGGUGGCCCAAGGAUUUCGGGUGGACGCCAUCGAGGUAUACGAGAGUAAGUCCCAUCCAGAGUUCGUCAAUCAGAUGCGACAUGCCAUGAAGUUCAAGCGCAUGGAGACGAUCGUUUUCUUUGGACCCUCCAGCGUUCGUAGUGCCCUGGAGUUCUUUGAGAACUACAACGUUUCGCUCAAGGAUCGCAAGUUGAUAGCCGUGGGAAGCGGUACCGAAAAGGCAAUGAAGGAUGCUGGGAUAAAGGCAGAUGCCAUAGUGAAUUCCACCGACGUUGACCAACUGAUAAGAAUCAUCAAAACGUAGUUCAGACGGCGAAUUAUUCUUUUUGCUUGUUGUUUUUACCUGUUUAUACUUUUGGUAUGCUUUCAAAAUUACGUGUCCUUAAGGGAACCGAAACCAUUCGGAAUUCCAUUAAAUAGGAGAACUACUUACCAACUUCCAAAAAUAUUAAUAA